AUGAAUUCAUCACCAAUAACUCAAGUUUCAAAUCCAAAUGAUUCAUUAAAUCAUUCCAGUACGAAUUUAAUACCAUCAUCACAUAAUAGUUUAAAUAAUUAUCCACAAAAAUCUGUUAAAGGAAAUAGAAAAAAGAAAGGAAGUAUUAUAAAUAAAUUAUUUUGUUGUUUCGUUCCAUCAAAUGAUCAAAACAAUGGUAAUAAUAUAAAUACCGAUAAUGGUGCAAGUAAUAAUGAUAAAUUACAACAACAAAAACAAUAUAAUCAACAACAACAACAACAAUACAAUCAACAUCAACAACAACAACAACAACAACAACAACAACAACAAUAUAUAAAUAAAGAUAGUAGUCAACAAAAUGGUGAAAUACCACUAAUGGUACCAAUGAUACCAAGACAUGUUGGACUUAAAACAUUGGUAUUAGAUUUAGAUGAAACAUUAGUACAUUCAUCAUUUAAACCAGUACAUAAUCCAGAUUUCAUUGUUCCCGUAGAGAUUGAAGGUACAAUACAUCAGGUUUAUGUGGUAAAGAGACCAUUUGUAGAUGAUUUUUUAAGAGCAAUCGCAGAGAAGUUUGAAAUUGUUGUAUUCACCGCCUCUUUAGCUAAAUAUGCAGACCCCGUAUUGGACUUUUUAGAUACAGGUAGAGUGAUACACUAUAGAUUGUUUAGAGAGUCUUGUCAUAACCAUAAAGGAAACUACGUUAAAGAUCUAAGUAGAUUAGGUAGAGAUCUAAAAUCAACGAUCAUUGUAGAUAAUUCACCAUCCUCUUAUCUUUUCCAUCCUGAAAAUGCAAUUCCGAUUGAUUCUUGGUUCGAUGAUAAAGAUGAUAGAGAAUUAUUGGAUUUAUUACCUUUAUUAGAUGAUUUAAUUAAAGUUGAAGAUGUAAGAUUAGUUUUAGAUGAAUCAAGAAAUAAUUAA